UUACAGUUCUUUACUCAGACGUCCGACUUGGCAUUCACCCAAAACACUCCUCCAACAUGCCUCAACUCGAAAGCUACAAUGGCCACUUCCUGUGGGAGUACAUUCCCUCCCUGCCGGCCGCCGUCGUCUUCAUCGCUAUCUUCGGAAUCUUGACUGCAGCCCAUUGCUGGAAUUUGGUCCGACACAGAACGUGGUUCUGCAUUCCGUUUGUCGUUGGAGGCCUCUUCGAAGUUAUUGGCUAUGUUGGCCGAGCCUUGGCGCACGACAAGACCGGAAAACUGAUUCCCUACGUCCUGCAAUCAACCCUGCUCCUUCUCGCGCCUAUUCUCUUUGCCGCGUCUCUCUACAUGACCCUGAGCCGAGUCAUUCGUUCAGUCCACGGCGAAUCAUGCGCGAUGAUUGCUCCUCGCUGGCUCACCGUCAUUUUCGUGUUCGGCGAUGUCUUUAGUUUCAUCGUCCAAGCCAGCGGCGCCGGGCUCCGUGUCAUGGCCGGCCAAGGAAAGAACAUCGACCCGAAACUCGGACCGUGGGUCAUCGUCGGCGGCCUGAUCUUGCAGAUCGUCAUCUUUGCCAUCUUCAUUCUCACCACCAUGAAGUUCAAGUCGAAGUUUAGCCAACACGAGAGUUCCAAGAUUACAACGGGUGCGGAUUGGCGCAAGACUGUGAUGAUGCUCUACGUCACCUCGGCACUCAUCAUGGUUCGAAACAUUUUCAGGACAGUCGAAUAUGCGAUGGGCAGCGAUGGAUAUUUGUUGGGCCAUGAGUGGCCAACCUACGUCUUUGAUGCGUCGUUGAUGACUCUAACGAUGGCAUUCUUUUUCUUGUGGUACCCGGUCAAGCUGAAUGCCGAGCUGAUUGUCAGGAAUGACACCGAGAUGAACGCGAUGGAGACUACUCAUCACCGAAAGUAGACCUAGCGACGGGUUGUAAGAACCGGGAGACAGGCUACGGGAACCUAGAGACAGGAUAUGGGAACCCAGAGAGUGGUUGCGGGAACCUAGAGACAAGCUACGAGAGGAGGUUUCAGGGCAGCUACUAGGUACUACAUAUUUUCUUUGUCGAAUAGAUUGAUCCAUUCAUAUUAAUUAGGUGCGAGACAAUUCACUUCACUCUUCCCAU